CCAAGGGCCGGCACGUGAGGCAGGCGGCAAGCACGUGGGCCGGGCGGGGUCCGGCGGCGCCCGGUGAGGACCAAAGUGCGUCUGCAGACCGGGCAAAACCCAGUUGGGUUGGACAGCCAUGCCCAAGUACUGCCGUGCUCCGAACUGCUCCAACACUGCGGGCCAACUGGGCGCGGAUAACCGCCCGGUGAGCUUCUACAAGUUCCCACUGAAGGAUGGCCCCCGGCUGCAAGCCUGGCUGAGGCACAUGGGGCGUGAGCAGUGGGUGCCCAGCUGCCACCAGCACCUCUGCAGCGAGCACUUCGUCCCCUCUUGCUUCCAGUGGCGCUGGGGCGUGCGCUACCUGCGGCCAGAUGCUGUGCCCUCCAUCUUCUCCGGAGUGCCGCCCGCCAAGAGGCAGCAGAAUUCCCGAAGCACCGAGAAACCAGUCAUGCUUCCGCCUCCACAGGAGGCCACGUCCCUGUCCUCUGGCCCCGUACAGCUUGUGGUGCUGGGGCCAGCCUCCAGGGCCCCCGAGGCUCCAGCCACUGUGUUCCUGACUCCCCUGCCGCUUCCGUCGGUUCCCACGGGGCCGCGCCCUGGAGCGUCGGCCCCUCACCCCCGGGCCGGGCUGGGCGCGGCGCUGGGAGCGCUGCAGCGGCGGGUGCGGAGGCUCCAGCAGCGCCACGAGCGGCACCAGGCGCGGCUGCGGGCUCUGGAACAGCUGGCGCAGCAGCUGCGCGCGGAGAGCCUGCUGGCGCGGGCGCACCGGGGCCGGCUGCGCACGCUCCCUGGACCUGAGGAAUCCCAAGCUUUCACCAUCAUCUAUGGAGGGACUGACAUAGCUGUGGUCCUUGCCCAAGGUCCUGCACCUCCCACCCUGGAUGCCGAGCCUGAGCUCCUGGAAAUUCAGACUCCCAGUGCAUAAGGACCAGGACAGAUAAUGUCACAGGACAGGUGACAGAAGACAGAGGAAGAGAGAUACAUCACGCAUGGGCUUGGCGCAGCCUCAUGACCCAUGCCUGGUGCAUAGCAGUGCCUCCCUCAAGGGCCUGGCUCCCGCCACCUCCUCCUAGGGACCCCUUGAACCUUAGGGCCAAUCUGGGCCCAAGACCCCUGUCAGCAGUGAUUACCCUGGGUACCAGGUCCCAACCCCACCUUCAAUCUUUGCGGUCAGCAAAACAUCCUCAGAGCGGAACAAGGGUUGUUUGUUUGGGGAGAGUUGUACCUGGUUCUGAAGAGCUCCUCAUGCCCUUUCCCAAGCCUGAUGCCAAGGUGAGGAUACAGCAGUGAACACAGCUGACAAAAGUCCUGUCCUCAUGGUGCUCACAUUCUGCUUGAGUAGAAGAUGAACUAGUAAACGAAUAAACAAUAUAAUUUCAGAUUG